CCUACUACGCCAAAGAAAAAGAAAGAAUCUAACUUGUCUUCUUUCAACUGAUGAAAAUUUGCUACCCAGGACGAUUCCUCUCGCUCUACUAACCUCUGAGAUUUCGGGGUUUUUAUUACACCAAGACCCGUAUCAGAAAUCUCCUGUCCGAACACCACAAUUUCCAUAGAAUUGCCAAGCGGACCCACCCAUCGUCUUUGUAGACUCGGCGCUCCUUCUUACCACAUACCGGAAGAAGAAGAAGAAACAUCGAAGUGGUUCUGGGUAUUUGUAUUUGAGUUUGGAUUUGAUUUAUGCAACUUAUCCGAAUCUUGUUCGCCGACCCAUCUUUGAUAGCGAGGGUUUGCUUGAUUUCUAGAACAUGGUGAUGGGUUGUUGCAAGGUACCGGCUCUUGUUCCAUCUCAGGUUGAAAUGGGAUCAGUUGAUGAACUUGAGCACAAAAGCCUUUUCAGACAUGAAGAAACAAAAUCCCCUAUUCUGAUGGAGGAAGGGUCACUGUCUGGAAAUUUUUCACAACACACAGAUAAAGCGCCAAAGAACAGCGUGCUUGAGAGCAUCAAAAUCGUUAUUUUCUCAAAUAAACUCAAUUUGUUAUUGCCUUUCGGUCCUAUAGCGAUACUAGUCCACCACCUGACUGGUAAUAAGGGUUGGAUCUUCCUUCUCAGCUUAUUAGGGAUUACACCUUUGGCUGAACGUCUAGGAUACGCUACAGAGCAAUUGGCUUGUUACACAGGUCCAACUGUUGGUGGCCUCCUAAAUGCUACAUUUGGGAAUGUGACAGAGCUGAUCAUAUCAAUUUUCGCUCUGAAAAACGGAAUGAUACGUGUUGUACAGCUGACAUUACUAGGCUCGAUUCUAUCCAACAUGUUGCUCGUACUCGGCUGUGCCUUCUUCUCUGGCGGGCUUGUAUUUUACAGGAAGGAUCAAGUUUUUGAUAAAGGAAAUGCAGUUGUUAAUUCAGGAUUACUUUUGAUGUCUGUGAUGGGUCUACUCUUACCUGCUGUUCUUCACUACACUCACAGUGAGGUUCAUGCCGGAUCUUCAGAGCUGGCUCUCUCAAGAUUCAGCAGUUGUGUAAUGCUCAUAGCUUAUGCAGCCUACCUCUUUUUCCAGUUAAAGAGCCAGCCGAGCUCUUAUGCCCCUCUUUCCGAGGUAACAAAUCAGAACGAAGAGACUUCUGACAACGAUGAAGAACCUGAGAUCUCUAAAUGGGAAUCUAUCAUUUGGCUCUCAAUCUUGACAGCUUGGGUCUCUCUUCUCUCUGGCUAUCUUGUUGAUGCAAUCGAGGGUGCUUCAGAUUCAUGGAAGAUCCCAAUUGCUUUUAUCAGCGUUAUCUUGCUUCCUAUAGUUGGGAAUGCGGCCGAGCAUGCAGGUGCCAUUAUGUUUGCAAUGAAAGAUAAGCUGGACCUGUCCUUGGGAGUGGCUAUAGGUUCCUCCAUUCAGAUCUCCAUGUUUGCAGUUCCCUUCUGCGUGGUGAUUGGAUGGAUAAUGGGUAAACCGAUGGAUCUAAACUUCCAGCUUUUCGAGACAGCUACGCUGUUCAUAACCGUGAUAGUAGUAGCUUUUUUUCUACAGGAAGGGACGUCGAAUUACUUCAAAGGGUUGAUGCUCAUUCUUUGUUAUUUGAUAGUGUCCGCCAGUUUCUUUGUACAUGAAGAUCCUCAUCAAGAUGAUAUAUAACGGAGAAAUCGGGCAUUAACACGGUCCCGGGAACACAAAGCCGAAGCUGAUUUUGUGAAUAGUGUGUAUGUGUGCAAAUGUACAUCUGCGUGUUGCUUUUUUUUUUCUUUUGGAACUGUUUUGUUCAUACCAAAAAAUAUGAUGUUCCCUUAACAGUCAAUACAUGAAUGAGAAGAGAACCGUAUUCGAGAUC